UAGCAUAGCUGUUAAGUUCUAAAUGUUCAUUUCAGCACCACACCAUCAAGUGAUCAAGUCAUUAAGCAUCAAACUCAGUCGAAAACCUCAUAACAAUGGCAGCUCAUGACAAAAAUCAACCUACAACAAUGGCGGAAUCCUCUUCUUCCUCAAUCGAUCUCACUAAUCAUCUUCCUCUACAACUCAUCAAAACAGAAACAAUUCCGCCAUCUCCAAACCUCUCGAAAUCUGGAUCUUCCGUCAUCGAUUGGCUACCUGAUUUCGCCGGAUACUCAUGGAUAGCUUAUGGAGCUUCCUCUCUCCUCGUUGUCUCUCACUUUCCUUCCCCUCUCUCUCCUCAACAAUGCCACAUCGGCCCCGUCUUUCGUCAAGUCUUCGAACUUCUUCCUUCUUCUCAAUUAUCCGACGUCGUUUCUGUCGUUUGGUCGCCGGAAUUUCCUUCUUCCGGCGAUCUCGCCGCCGCCGCCGAUAAUCGCAUCUUUCUCUUUCAGUAUGAUUCUUCUCCAGGUUCUUUUUGUUGGAGCCAGACUGCUAUACUUGUACAAUCUGCCAAAGUUGAGGCCAUUGCUUGGACGGGCUGUGGAGAUGGGAUAAUUUCAGGGGGCACAGAAGUAGUUUUAUGGAAAAGAAACAUCAAAUCUUGGGAAAUAGCAUGGAAGUUCAGAAUGAAGGUCCCUCAAACUCUGGUUUCUAUUACUUGGUCGCUUGAAGGGCCUUCAGCAACUGGUGCAUGUCCGUCUAAUUGUCAUGCUAAAGAAUUAGCUAAUUUUCCUUGUAAUGCAAGCGAGCAUGUUAGUGUGUUCCAGUAUGACGGAAAAUCUGGAUACGUGGCUACUGAAUUACAGCAUCCUCAACCUGUUUUGGCAAUGCAAUGGAGACCUUGUGGAGGACGCCAAAAAAAUGAAGAUGCUCUUUAUGCACCAAGACAUGUUCUGUUAACAAGCUGCGUAGAUGGGACUGUCAGGUUGUGGUGUGAGAUUGAUGGCAGUAGGAUGCGGAAAGGCAACAAGGAUAAUCGUGAAAUGUUGACGCCUAAACGAUCUUUUUGUGUGGUUGCUACCAUUGAAAUUAAUCAACUACUGAGUGGUACUCUGGGAAAAAAUAUUUUCUUACAGUGGGCGAUGGAAAUAGAAGGUGUUGUUGGUGUAGGAGAUGGACUUAAUCAAGUUUUCACUGGUGGGAGAUGCCAAGAUGAUGAGGUUGGCAGCUGUGAAUGGUUGAUUGGGGUUGGCCCUGGCCAAAUGCUUACAUUCUGGGCUGUGCAUUGCCUUGAUGACAUUGCUACAAUGCGGUCUCCACGAGUGACAUUAUGGAAGAGAAAGGAAGUAACAAAACUUGAUUUGACAAGCUCUUGUAGAUUGAACGCUCCAAGGUAUUCUGAAGGAUCUUAUCUUAAUAAAGUAGCUAUCCGGAGGAAUGGACUCUUUGGUCCACCAGCCAUGUGCUCGUUAGUUCAAUUAUUUCCUUGUAAUUCUUUGAUUUGGUCAGUGUUAUAUAAUCAAUCAUUACAGAACAUGGAGGGGAGAUCUUCCCAAAUAUGUGAAGCCGAUGAAAAAUUGUCUUGUCAGUCCGGAGGAAUCUUGGAUACUGUUGGUCACACUGGUAAAAUUUUACAAGUUGCUGUUCACCCUUUUAUGCAUGAAGUUGAACUUGCUGUUUCCCUUGAUUCUAAUGGGUUACUUAUAUUUUGGUCAAUUUCCUCCAGUACUUGUAGCCUUUCGGGUCUGCCAACCUUUACUCCUUCAUGGCAACUUAUAGGGAACCUUCCGUUACAGCAUACUAUAUCUCCAGAUAUAAGCUUGUAUUGGGCACCAUCGUGGCUUGAAGAAGACCAGGUUCUUCUCAUUGGACAUGCUCAAGGAAUAGAUUGCAUUAUUGUCAAAAUAUGCAUAACUGAAGAAGACAAAAUACUAUGCCAUAAACUUUGUACUAUUCCUUUCAUUGGGCGUGAUCACCUAUAUGGGCCUGAUAAGCUUGUCUCAGUUCCCUUACCUUUCGCUUCUAAAGAGAAGUUCAAAUCUAAUCAGUUCUUGCUUUUGGGAGUGUGGAUGAAGAAUCGUCUGGCUGAAACAUGGAAAGUGACCUUGCAUUCCUCUGAACUAUCUGAAAGCAGACAUCUAUACAACUCUGACACAGGAAGUAAAGCUAAAAGCACAUUUAUAUAUAAAACUGACUUUGCUGAUAGAACAUAUUGCAUCGUUGUGAGUUCAUGCUCAUCAUAUUUGUUAGAUGUUCAUGAUGAAGUUACAAGUGUUUCCAUGGUUUCUCCGAGUAUAUUGAGGCAUUCUUUGCAGCAAAGGUUGGUAGAUAAUGGUUGCCCGAACAAUUUUCCUUAUCACAUGGCCACAGGACAUUCUGAUGGUAGAUCAAGACUCUGGAGGCUUAACCUAUCUGAACUAUCAGUUGGCCGCACUCCUUUUGAGCUUGUUGGUAUAUUUAGUUCCCUUCAAGGUCCAAUUACUGCAAUAUCUGUAGCUGAUUGGGGUCAGAAGAUUGCAACCAUAUGUUCAGAUAUGCUUUAUAUAUGGGAACCUCUGCAUCUCACAGGUGAUGCGACUCUGGAAUUGGAAGACAAGAUAUGCCUCGAUGGCAAAGUUGUAGCUUUCAACUGGUUUUUAAUGGAAAAUAUUUUAUUUCUCGGGGUCUGCUUUCUGAAUGAGUUGCACAUUUAUUGCCGAAGGGUUUGUAGUGUUCAGACUUCAUUGGACCUUGGAAAACUACCAGAAACGUCCCUCUGGGUUUGCAUCAGUGUUGUGCAAACCUCACCAACUAUUUGUGACUUUGUUCUAGGGCCUGGGGGGACACUUCUUAUCAUUCAUGAGAAGUAUUUCACUCUUUUCAGCCAUUGGUCAUUCUUUAUAGAUAACAAGCAUCUGAGUGAUGGGCAGUUUAGCUCAGAUACUACUUUCCGUUUCAAAAAUGAGGUAUUCAGUCCUGCAUUCUCUGUGGGUAAAAUACAUGUUUUUGAAGAGUUGUCAUUUGAAAAAAGCAGUGAGGGGGAUACUUUCUGCCCUCCUAUGACAAAGGUACAUAAUGAUUUAUGUAGCUUUUUGUUUGGAGAUGAUACUCAACCGAUCGUCAUCUCUCCAAAAAAAAAGCGCUUGUUGAAGAUGACGGUCAUUGCUGAGUUAUUGUGUGGUCCUCUGCCUUUCUAUCACCCCGAGACACUCUUGACAAAUAUAUAUUCAGGCAAUUGGAGACGUGCAUAUGCAGCUAUUUGUCAUCUCGUGGAGUGUCUUAUCUCAAAUGCGGCAGCUGAGCAAAGAGCAACUCCUCCAAAGUCUGGUAUCAUCAUUAGACAUAUCACACUAUCGAAGUAUUUUGAAGGACAGUUGUCAAAAGUAGGAGCUAAUCAAGGGUUUCAAUGGGGCAACGAUCUUGGCACAAACACUUGGUCUCGACAUUCGGGAGGAGAGCUGAUGCCUUUGGCAGAUUCUUCUGCAAUUAAUGCUAUAAACAGCAUGUCCACUAUAUCUGCCAGAAGUUUGGAGACAUGUGAAUUCCAUGAUGUGCUGGAGAAAUUACGUGCUCAUCAAGCUAUUACAGAUUCACAGAAAAUGCAGAUGCUUGCAAUUGUAGACCUUCUUCAUGAAAUUAGUAAUUCACAAUCUACUUCUGCGUAUGAAAGCCUUGAUGACUCAGGAAAAAGGUUUUGGUGUGCAAUAAGAAUUCAGCAACUGGAUUUUCGUAGGAGAUACAACAAAACUCCAUCAAUUGAGGAAUUAGUGGUUAAUUCUAGGUUGAUGGUCUGGGCCUUCCAUUCUGAUUGUCAAGCGAUCUUGUUUAGUACUAUUUUACCUACCGAACCGACUUGGGAAGAUAUGCGGAAGUUGGGUGUUGGCUUUUGGUUUACUAAUCUUGCAGAUCUACGUGCUAAGAUGGAGAAGCUGGCAAGAUGUCAGUAUCUGAAAAAGAAAGAUCCAAAGGCGUGUGCCCUUCUAUACAUCGUGUUAAAUAGAAUUCAAGUCUUGGCUGGCCUCUUCAAAAUCAGCAAGGAUGAAAAGGACAAGCCAUUAGUUGCAUUUUUAUCCCGAAAUUUCCAGGAGGAGAGACAUAGAGCUGCUGCUGUAAAAAACGCUUAUGUAUUGAUGGGGAGGCAUCAAUAUGAGCUGGCAAUUGCUUUCUUUUUGCUUGGAGGAGAUACUAUCUCUGCUAUCACUAUUUGUGCUAAGACUCUUGGAGAUGACCAACUUGCUCUUGUAAUUUGUCGCCUCAUUGAGGGGCAGGGUGGAGAAUCAGAGCGCCACCUAAUAUCAAAGAUAUUACUUCCAUCUGCGGUUGAAAAAGGGGACUACUGGCUUGCGAGUGUUCUAGAGUGGCUAUUGGGUAGUUACCUGCAAUCAUUUUUAGUUGUUAUUGGUUUUCAAGGAGGCUGUUACGCCACUGAGUCUGAAAAAUCACUCAGACAUUCUGCUUUUCAUGAUCCUAGUAUCGGUCAAUACUGCGAAAUGUUGACAACCAAGAAUAGCUUGAAAAAUGCUGUUGGAGAGCAGAAUACCGCUAUUUUGUGUCGUUGGUCUAUGGUGAUGACUGCUUCUGCAUAUAACAAGCGUGGCCUUCCUCUUGACGCUUUGGAGUACCGCUCAUCAUCUGCGGGACUUUUUGGAGUUUCGGAUAAGAGACCAAAUGGUGGAGAUUUAGAAAUUCUUCCUGGAAUAUUGUGUCCAUCUUUAGCUAAUUCUUCUAGGUGGCUAUCACAUGAGGUAGCCUGUCAUUUGGCAGACCAAGUCAAAUUAGAUCUAGCUAUGCAGUAUGCCAUCAAAUUAAUUAAGGGGCAUCCAUGCUCACUUGACUCUAGUUCAGGGUUGACCAUAGCUGGUGCUACUGGCUUGAGCUCUCUGGAGUAUGAGAUAAGUCGGCAUGGUGCUCUUCUUGAAAAUUUUGAACUGCUGCUGGAUUCAGAACUUGCAUAUCUAGAGCAGAAGUUUCAUGUGGUUCGGGAUGUACUGCUUGAUAAGAUUUUCACUUCUUUAGACAAUGAUAGGCUUUUGCUGCUCAAUGGCAAUCAUGUUUUUGCUUCUAAAGUUCAUCUGCCUGCAAAAAACAACAGUGGCUGCACUUCAUUCCAGUUGGUUAAGCAUUUUGUAGAUGUCACUGAAAUUAUGUCUUAUUCACUUUCAAGGUUUGUUAUUGCCAGUAGUAUAGCUAAUUCCUGGAUGCCGGCUUCAUCUGAGCAGAGUUUGUCUACGGGCAAACAAAAUUGCUGCUUCCAGUAUAUGGAAUUCUAUAUGCAGGUCUUUUUAUCAUCAAUCUCCAACUUGAAAUCUGCUUUGAUGACACUUUGUAAUGGCAGGUCUAGUGACCUCAUUCAAGAAUAUAUUACUGCUCUUGAUUUAUGCACUUACUGUAUAUAUGUCGCUUCAGCAAUGCUUCACCAUAACCUAGAAGCCCUUAAUUUAAUGUUACGACCCGUCUUAGUGUCAUGUGCUGAUGGUAACUAUGGGGAAACUGACAUUGUUAGUCUGAGGACAAUCCUAAGGCAGUACGAGGCACUCAGUCUCAAGUCAGAAAGCCCUAAUGAUAUGCAAGAAUUGCAUCAGAAAAAUGUCAGAGACAUGGAAUCUAUGACUUCAGACUAUGAGAAAUGGAUUAUUUUAAGGUUAUGUUUGUGGAAACAUCUAUCUAAGUUCAUUGAAUACCAGCUGAAUCAAUUAUCCAGUAAACUAUCUCAUGAUGUUGCGGCUAAAAUGUGUGCCUUGGAUUCUACUUUAUCUCCUGAUCUUGAUGGUGAUUGCUCCAUGAAGCACAUCAGUCAGGUCUUAAUGGUCUUUAUUGAAAUAAUGGGAAACACCUUUACACAUAUACCACUUCAUACUGCGAGGCAGCUUGCAAAUUUCCUUUGGCAGAAGGUGGAGGGGGGGACCUCUAUGCCUAUUCUAACAUGGUUGGAGAGUGUUAAUCAAUCUACUCCUAGUGUGCUUCAUGAGCAUCAGGAGGGUAGUUCUGGCUCUUUAGAGGCUCUCAAUAAAGAAAAUUCAUUUUCAAGCUCUGAGCUACUUGCAAAGAUCUGUAAUUGCCCUAAAACAGUCUCGGAAAUGCUUGCUCAAUUACCAAUUAAGUUGUCAGAGCUCAUUCACUGGAAGACUGGUAAAGGGUGGAACGGAUUGCACAUGGGUCUGCUGGGAGAGCAUGAAAAGUUGGAAAGUUAUAAACAAGAAGGAAUUUUUGAUAGCAGUCCCCGUGGUAAUGGAAGCGAUAGUCCUUCGGCAGGUUCUGAACGGAGUCAUAGCCUUCGAGAUUUUGAUGAGAAGGGGACAGUUUUCACGAAGAAGGUAGUUCCUUUCGACAGUCCUAAAGAAAUUUACAGGCGAAAUGGAGAACUGUUGGAGGCGGUUUGCAUCAAUUCUGUCGAACAACAGCAGGCUGCACUUGCCAGCAACAAAAAGGGAAUAAGCUUCUUUAGUUGGGGUGUACCUUCCAAAGAUCCGUCAGACUAUGUUUGGGCAGAAGUUGAUUGGCCAAAGAAUGGUUGGGCUGGUACAGAGUCUACUCCAGUUCCUACAUGUGUUUCUCCUGGUAUUGGUCUUGGAAGUGAUAAAAGUUUACAACUUGGAUUGGGUGGAGGUGCAAGUGGUGCUGGUUCUCAAGCUAGAUUUGGAAGAGAUUUGACUGGUGGUGGAGCUUUUGGAAUCCCAGGUUAUGCUGGCAUUGGUGCCACUGGCAUGGGCUGGGGAAUCCAAGAGGAAUUUGACAAAUUUGUUGACCCACCAGCUACUUUGAAUAAUGUAAAUGGAAGUGCUUUAGCUGCUCAUCCUUCAAGGCCAUUAUUCCUAAUUGGUUCUAGCAACACUCACAUUUACCUAUGGGAGUUUGGUGAAGAGAAAGCUGUAGCAACUUAUGGAGUACUACCUGCUGCUAAUAUACCUCCUCCAUAUGCUCUUCCAUCCGUUUCCGGGUUGCAUUUUGAUCGCUGCGGCCAUAGAUUUGCUAGCAGUGCUUCAGAUGGAACUGUGUCCGCCUGGCAACUGGAGGUGGGAGGAAGGAGCAAUGUCAGGCCAACAGAGUCAUCUCUCUGCUUUAAUGGCCAUGUGUCGGAUGUCUGUUAUGUGUCAACCAGUGGGUCAAUUAUUGCUGCUGCUGGUUACAGUUCAAAUGGUGUUAAUGUAGUUAUAUGGGAUACACUAGCUCCCUCAUCAAGUUCACGGGCUUCUGUGAUGUGCCAUGAAGGUGGUGCAUGCUCCAUUGCUGUGUUUGAUAAUGAUGUGGGAACUGGUUCUAUCUCACCCCUAAUUGUUACUGGUGGAAAAGGUGGUGAUGUCGGACUUCAUGAUUUCCGGUAUAUAGCAACAGGAAAGACCAAAAGACACCGGCAUUUGAACACUGCUGAGAGGAUAACUGAUGCAGAUUCUAUUGAUAUACGAUCUGAGCUCUCAUCAAGUGUGGGAGAUCAAAAUCGACAUGGAAUGCUGUGGUAUAUUCCAAAGGCUCACUCAGGGAGUGUUACCACAAUUGCAACAAUUCCAAAUACAAGCUUUUUCUUGACUGGAAGCAAGGAUGGAGAUGUCAAACUUUGGGAUGCUAAGAAAGCUAGCUUAGUCUUUCAUUGGCCAAGACUGCACGAGAGGCAUACUUUUCUCCAGCGUAGUUCCCAAAGUUUUGGGGGUGUCACUAGGGUUGGUGUCACAGAUAUUCAAGUUAUUUCCGAUGGUUUUCUUACAUGUGGAGGGGAUGGUACAGUAAAACUAAUCCAGCUGAACAACUUCCGUUUCUGAAAGCAUCAAUAAUCACUCUGAACUUUUAAAGCGAGCGCUUAGAUUUGAGUCAGAAUCUGGUGUGAUCUACGUGCUCCCUCUCUAUCUAUUUAUCUACCUACCUUCCAGCAAGUGCUCAAGCAUAGAGAGGCUUUUGCACAGGGUUGUAACGCACUCCUUGUAGGGGCUGCGAUAAACUUUCUUCAACUGAACUGCAGAAUUCACAAUUUCACACAGGUUCAAGUCUUCAAAGCCGUGAAUCGGUAAAAUCCAAAUAGUUUGUGCGCUUGUUCAGGGAUCCAACCUAAAUGAUCCCCAAAUGAGACUCAGUCUGGUAUGUGCUUCUGGGAGAAAUUGGUAAAGGAUAUAGGCGUUUUCUGUUGUACCCUAAUUUGUUGUACAUCUAGCUCAUAGGCUGUUCAGAAGGAAAUUUUGUAGGCUUAGUAAAAUUGAACAUUUGUACAUAUGUAACAUAAGAGUUGAGAAGUAAUACAGUCAAAUUUUCGCAGCUGUUUUUGAACAGUUGAAUGCGAGUGUAAAGUUUCAUUAUUGCUUCCUGAAACAGUUCUAAAUUUCUUGCUUA